AUGUUGCUGCUCAGUCUGGUUUACCCCGGCCUUCAUCGCCAUUCGUACCCCCCCAGCAUCGCCUCAAGAAUAACCCGUUCCAAAGCUCCUCCUAAGCUCCCUUCCAAGGACGCUUCUUACGCGCUCACAACUCACUUUCUUGCUCUCGCGCCCUCGAGGUUAGACAGCAGAGCCGCAUCGGCGGCACCCAAAGACCCCUCAGAUCCCUCGCCAGCCGCUACCACCACAACUACAACUAUCGCACCCGCCCCCACAGCAGCACAAUCUCACGAUGAUCACCAACCCACCUCAGAGCCCCAUCGCAGCCGACGACCAAGUGGCCCCGGCCCUGGACCUAAACUCGACGCCGGGCCUCUGAUCCCCAGAAGACGGCUACUCGAGCGGGACCGAGUCGGGCUCCUCGCGGGCCUCGACGUCCCUGGCCUCCAACAUGCGCGACUACAGCUUCAAAAACAGGCGUCGGUACUACCGCCCGAGUUCGUGCCGCCAAAUCUCCGGUUCAUGGUCGACGACGCCGAUGUGAAGUGGCCGAAGCUCUUCGCCGGAGCAUACCGUUCAUAUAAAAAGAGACCAGCGUUCCAAAACCAGGAGGCUAGGUUGAACCCCGAGAAACGCGCUGGGUCUACGACUGCGACGACGGCACGAUGCCUCCAGAUUUCAACCCUCGUCAAAAUGGUCGCCAACAUCAAAGAGACCCUCGUCAAGCUCGACAUCAAGAUGAACGCCGCGAAGCUCUACCCUUCCCACGUCGCGGCGGCAGGUUUCGUCAACCUUGCGCUCCAAGUUCAAAAGGUGCCUGUGGGCCCCCUGGCGAGAGACGACAUCCUGAAGAAGAUUAGGAAGUAG